GUGCCCCAUCAUCGGUGUCAGGGUGAGGAAUAGUGUUCCCAUCAUUGGUAUCAGUGGGAGGAAUAGUGCCCCAUCAUUGGUGUCAGUGAGGGAGGAAUAGUGUCCCAUCAUUGGUAUCAGUGGGAGGAAUAUGCCCCAUCAUUAGUGUCAGAUGGGAGGUAAUAGAUGCCCCAUUCAUUGGUGUCAUGGGAGGAAUAGUGCCCCAUCAUUAGUAUCAGUGGGGGGAAUAGGUGCCCCCCAUCAUUGGUAUCAGUGGGGGAAUAGUGCCCCAUCAUUGUGUCAGUGGGAGGAAUAUGUGCCCCAAUCAUUGGUGUAUCAGUGGGAGGAAUGUGUCCCAGCAUCAUUGGAGUGUCAGUGGGAGGAAUAGUGUCCCAUCAUUGGUGUCAGUGGGAGGAAUAGUGCCCCAUCAUUGGUGUCAGUGGGAGGAAUAG